AUUUUUCUAAAAUAAUGGGAUCUGAUGAACAAAUUUUGAAAGUAAUUUAUAAAUUGGCCGUCUAAAAACCAUUUAAAUAGCUUGUGCAAGAGUAUGGUCGACCUGCUCUUGCAUAGGUUCAUUUUAGAAAAUUAAUUACCUAAAAUGAUCCAUCAAUAACGAUAACAGAUUGUGAUAGAUUUUAUUAGAAAGCAUUGAUUGAUUUUAAGAGUUUAAUAGGAUUGACAGUUGAGAUACUUGAAAAAUUGACAGAAAAUUAAUAAAAAAUCGAAUUUGUGUUAUCUUAAUAGGAUAUAUAAACAAUCACAAUAAUUAUCUAAAAUUAUAAAGCUAAAAGGUUAGAUAUUGAAAGAGUAUUCAAAUUCUUUGAUAAGAACAAAGAUUUGGCUUUAGAAGAGAGGGAAUUCAAAGAAUUGAUAGAAUUUUUCCACAAUUCGCUUACUCUUUAAGAAUAUCAAUCUUUAAGAAAGUAAUUUGGAAAUUUGAAAUUUUCUUGUGAUCAUUUGAGAUAAUUGUUUUAAAAAUGGGAAGAGAUUGUAGAAAAUAAAAAUAAAAAUCCAUAAUAAGAAUAAAUAAAAUAUACAAUAAGAUCAUAAUUGGAUGAUAAGAUGUAAUAGGGGGAAGAAGUUCAUUAAGCAUAAGCAGUGGAAGAUGUAGAAUAAUAGGAAGUAAAAGAUGAUGAAGUAGAUUUUGCUGAUUUCUUAAAUAUUGAUUUAUAAAUUCCAGGAGCAAAGGAAUUAGUUUAGAAAAGAGAAGAAUUAAGAAAAUCAAAAUAAGAGUUUGUUGAUAGUGAUUUUCCACCAUCUGUAAGAAGUUUAGGAAUGAGAUUUUCUUAAUUAUCAUGGAAAAGAAUGAGUGACAUUUUUUAAAAUAAAUUAAAAAUGUUUAAUAUUGAGGAUUAAAAGGAUAGUAGAGUAGGAUUAGGAAAAUGGAUUUCUCAUAGAGAUAUUAGAUAAGGAAUAUUAGGAGAUUGUUACUUUUUAGCAUCAAUAAGUUCAAUUGCAUGCAGAUGGUAUAUAAUAAAUAGUUAUUAAUAGGCCUGAAGUGAUAAAAGAUUUAUUUAUAAGUUAAAGAGUAAAUUCUUAAAAAUUAUAUGCAAUAAGAUUGUGUUAAGAUGGAGAAUGGAAAGUUAUUAUGUUGGAUGACUUUAUUCCAGUUAAUAGUUAAGGAAAUCCAGCAUUUUUAAAAAAUGCAGGAGCAGAAUUGUGGGUAGCUUUAUUAGAAAAAGCUUGGGCUAAAAUGAAUAAUAAUUACACAGAUAUAGAGGGUGGUGAUCCAAGAGAAGUUCUUAAAAGUAUAACAGGUGGUCCAACAUGGCUUAUAUUUACAAACGCUUAAGAUUUUAAAUAAUAAUUAUAAAAAUUUUCAGAUAUGAAAUGUGUUAUGGCAAGUGGUACAUUUUAAUCAAAUCCAAAUUAUGCCAAUUAUGGUUUAGAAGCAGGACAUGCUUAUUCAGUAUUGAAAGUUUAUGAUUUGAAACAUCCAACUAAAGGAGAUAUCACUCUUGUAAAAAUUAGAAAUCCUUGGGGAUCAAAAGAGUGGAAUGGUGAUUGGAGUGAUGGAAGUUCAUUAUGGACAGAAGAAUUAAAAUAAUAAGUAAAAUUUGGUAAGAAAGAAGAUGAUGGCAUCUUUUUUAUGGAAAUCAAAGAUUUCUAAAGAUACUUCUAAUCAAUUUUUGUAUGUUAUUUUAAGAAGGAAUAUCUAUAUAACUCCAUAAAAUAGAUGGCUAAAAGAACUAAAACUAUUUAAUAUGAUAUUGAUGUUCCAAACGAUGGAGAAUAUUAUUUCACAGUUCAUCAAGAAGCAUUAAGAAGAUAUGCAUAACAUAAAGAAUUGAAAUAUGAAUAUUCUUAUGUUAGAAUUUUAUUAGCCAAAAAUAAUGGUAAAGGAGAUUAUUAAUUUAUUGACUCAAAAUAAUAAAAAGAUAUUGAAGUUCAUCUAGGAGGUAAAUUAACUAAAGGAAAGUAUUCUGUUCAAAUUAAAAUUAAAUGGGCUAUCCCAACUUGGAGUGAACAUGAAUAUUAAUUUAGUGUUUACGGAACAGAAUUCUUGAGACCCAAAUAAGUACCUAGAGAUGAAGAAUUAAGAAAAACUGUUAUGUUACAAGUAGCAAGAGAAAAUAAAAACUAAUAAUAAUUGACUAAUGGUUUAUUUUGUGCUAUAGAAACUGUUGUUACCAAAGGGUAUAUAGUAUCUCUAUUCAUUUUAGAUUGGGUUAUUUCUAUUAUAAAAACACAUCAUAGAAAACAUUCAAAUUGAAAAACACUUUAUAAAACAAAUAAGGUGUUAAAUUAUUAAAACCUGAAGUUGGAGAUUGUUAUUAAAUAGAGUUAGCUCCUGGAGAAGAUAAGAUAAUACUCUAUAGUCUAGAUCCAAAAGGUGUGGCAUUUACACCAAAACAUCAAUUGAUUUAAUGAAAUCAUUAAAGUAUAUCAAAAUAC